AUGAAAGAACUUUUGAGAGUCAAAAAUGAUCUUGGGAUUUACACAGUCGAAGAAAGCAGUCCCUUGAAAAACUCGAGCGCUCAGAGCAACGAGGAAGACCAACUGUGCAUAGUCUCUGGUUCUGAUGAAUCCCAGGAAAUCUCUGAAAGCUUGAUAAUAGAUGUGGAAGAAGAGAAGUCUUUGGUGCGAAAACUCGAUCGAAGGUUCUUACCUGUGUUAGCAUUUGCAUAUUUUCUUCAAUCUCUCGACAAAACCAAUAUAGGCAAUGCUUACACCUCGGGGAUGAAAGAAGACUUGGAUCUUACCUCUCGACAAUAUUCAAAUGCCGUUUCAGUUUUAUAUUCAACAUUUUUGGUAGCACAAGUACCGAUUACGUUGUAUCUCCGAGCUUUUCCUCCUAAAUAUUUCAUGUCUGCAAUGGUGUUUUGCUGGUCGAUAAUAACCCUUUGCAGUGGCUUUGUGAAAUCAUAUCACUCUUUGAUAGCUCUUAGAGUGCUUCUGGGAGCUUUUGAAGGUGGGUAUUUCCCGGCCAUGGUGCUGCUAGUCAGCAUGAUUUACAAGCCAGAUGAGCAAGCCAAGAGAAUAGCAUUUUUCUUCGGAUGUGCUGCGCUUUCUGGCGCUUUUGGAGGUUUGAUUGCAACAGGUUUGGCAACAGUCCGUGGCGCUGCCGGUCUUAAUGGGUGGAGGUGGUUGUAUAUCAUCGAAGGGCUCAUUUCUGUGACGGCAGCGGUAUGGAUAUAUUUGGGUCUUCCAAAAGAUGUGGAAAAUCCUGAUUUCUUGAAUGAUAGGGAAAGAGAACUUUUACAGCUGCGAUCAAAGCAGCGCCUUCAGUAUGUUGGAGAAAAGCAAGACUUUAGCUGGACUUUUGUUUGGAAUGCACUACUGGAUUUCAAAGUUUACUCAGGUCUGUUGAUUCAGUUCUGCCAAAAUAUGAUCUUAUAUGCCUUAACAACAUUUCUUCCAGCGACUUUAAAACUUGGAAUGGGCUACACUUCGAGAGAAGCACAAUACAUGAGCGUUCCCAUUUACAUUUUUGCAGCAAUUGUUUUCCUGAGCUCUGCAUAUUUCAGUGAUCGUUACAACUUGAGAGGACCAUUUAUAUUGGGCUUCAACAUAGUAUCCAUUGUCGGUUAUGUUUUGAUGCUCACGGUGAAAAGCAAUGGUGUGAAGUACUUUGCUUGCUACUUGAUGACUUUUUCAGCUUAUACUGGGCCGGGGCUCAACGUUACAUGGGUAUCAAAUAACAUCGCUCCCCAUUACAAACGUGCCACUGCGAUUGGAUUGAGUCAAACAUUUGGCAACUUAGCAGGUGCAAUAGCAGGCCAAGUUUACAUCAAACCACCAUAUGUCCUGGGAAAUUCAUUCGCUUUGGGCUGUGUUGUCUUUUCGAGCAUUUUGGUUGUAUUUCAGAUCAUCGCAUUCUCCACAAUCAAUAGUAGAAGAGCUUCGAAGCUGAGGGAUGAGCGAACAGAUACAGGCAUCAAAAGGGAGGGAGACAAGGCUUUAAAUUUUAGAUACUGUUUAUAA